AUGCUGAUGAUGCACCAGGAGUCAAUCUACAACCUCAUUCCACCGAAGCCUGUUGUGCAGGAGCGACCACCCAUGUACAAGUCAAAGCACUCUGCAGACUUGCCACCAACUGCCUCGACGUUCCCAACAGGUGGAACCACAUGCCCAGCGGUUGCAAACAUUGGGGGCUCUCUAGAUCAAAAGCCUGUGACAGACAAAUCACAUUCGACUUUUGGCAAGCCAAAAGGUUCCUACAGUGACGAUCCUGCCAGAUUUUUGAGGAAGAGUGCGGGCAAGGUUCUGACUCUCAAAGAGAUGAAGAAGGAGCACCCAGAAGCCCUCGUCCCAAAGCAAUUGAAACCGCAGACUAGACAUGGACCACCUUCUGCAUCUGAGAAGCCUGUUAUGAACCUGGUCACCAGCAAGAACUUCAUCGUAGCGAAUGCCGUCGAAGUAAUUCUUGCAGCGCCGAAAAAGGUGCCUGAAGAGACUAAGGACUACUUGAAGAAGGAGGACUAUGGAAAGGUACCAAAGUAUUUGCAGCAGAUCAAGCAGGACAUUGACACAGAGUACCAGUACAUUAGGGCUUUGCAAGAGCAGAAAGCACAAGAAGAGGCAGACAGAGUACGUCCAAUGACGGAAGAUGACCGGGAAGAUUUGCUCGAAGGCCUCAAAGCCAAGUGGGAGCAGGUGAACACUGCAUUCCAAGCUGGCACCCACAUGACGGUCUUGGACACCAUGGGCAAGCUCAAGCGCAAAGAAAAGCAAGAAGCUGAACUUUCACAGCUUGAAAAAGACAUUGAGAAACUUAGCAAGAGGAGCAUCGUGGUCAACUCUGAAGCCUGA